CCCGAGCUGCUCGAGCAGCUCCAGUGUCCGCUGAGCCUCGACUUCAUGAAGGACCCGGUGAUGGCCGCGAGCGGACAAACCUAUGAGCGGGCAGCGAUCGAGAAGUGGCUCGCCAUGGGCAAGCGCACUGACCCGAUGAGCGGCCAGCAGCUCGAGCACACAGACCUCGUGCCGAACGUGCUGGUCCGAAGCCUC